UCACUCGACGCGUGCCUGGUAGCCCGUAGUAACCGGAGUCCGCGGAAGUGGAGACCUGUGGGCAGUCGGCUAAGACAGCUGCAAGAAAAAAGAUGCCGUAUAAAGAGGCACAGGUGUAACCUGAGAGGAAAACAAUGAGAUGUAUGGAGGAAGAUAUUUGCUAAACAGUGAUUUCUGCUGCCCUGUAUAACUUAUGCAAGCCAGGCUGGUCCUCAGCCACUUACGAUUGUGGAAGAUUUAAGGCCGAGACAAAGCCCCAUCUGAGAUUUUAGCAAAGCUCUCGAAUAGCAGACUACACCAUGGACAUAAAGCUGGACCCUUCUCGAGAUGAUCUGCCUCUCAUGGCCAACACCAGCCACAUGCUUGUGAAGCACUAUGUACUGGAUUUAGAGGUAGAUUUUGAAAGUCACAUCAUUGAGGGCACCAUAGUGCUUUUCUUUGAGGAUGGAAGCAGAUUCAAGAAACGGACUAGUUCUGCCAAGGAAACCUGCCAGUUGGCAUCAAAGGAAACCUGCAAAUUUAGGACACCUGAACUCUGCCAUAUUCCUGUGACAAAUGCAAGGACCACAUUUAAUGUGUGUUAUAAUGAUUUUGUAAUCUGUGAUAAAGGUAAAGAAGAUACUUCUGAUAAAGAUGGUAACCAUGACAACCAGGAACAGGCUUCUGGGAUCUGUAGCUCAAAGUACUGCUGUGACACAAAGAAUCAUGGGAGGGAGGAUUUUUUGCUAGUGUUGGACUGCUGUGAUUUAUCUGUGUUAAAGGUCGAAGAGGUGGAUGUUGCUGCUGUGCCAGGUAUUGAAAAAUUCACAAGGCCUUCCAAGCUCACGACUGUUCCCGAAGAGCUCAGAAAUGAGAUUGUUCAUGACCUUGUGACUCUGCCUGCAGAUCAUUGGAGGGAGCAGUUAGACUAUUUUGCACGCUGUAGCCAGGCCCCUAGCUGCGGGGAACUCUUCUUUGACACUGACACCUGGAGCUUACAGAUCAGGAAGACAGGGGCUCAGACAGCCACUGACUUUCCUCAUGCCAUCAGGAUAUCCUACAGAACCAAACCAGAGGGGCAGUCAGUUACUUGGACCUCAGACCAGAGUGGCAGACCAUGUGUUUAUACUAUGGGAUCUCCCAUAAACAACAGGGCCCUUUUUCCAUGCCAGGAGCCACCCGUUGCCAUGUCAACAUGGCAGGCUACAGUUCGAGCAGCUGCAUCUUUUGUUGUUUUAAUGAGUGGAGAAAAUUCUGCCAAGCCAACACAGCUUCAUGAAGGGUGCUCAAGCUGGCAUUACUAUGUUACCAUGCCGAUGCCAGCCUCCACCUUUACAAUUGCGGUGGGAUGCUGGACAGAGGUAAUGCCCAAGAUGUGGUCGUCAGAUGAUCUGGUGAUAGAGAGACCCUGCCCACUCUCCGAGACAGACUGCAGGUAUGUUGGUGUUUGCAGUCACAUGGAAUACCCUUGCCGCUUCCAGGAUGCCGUGGCCACCACCCAGAAGGUCAUUCCUCAUCGAGUGUUUGCUCCAGGCUGCCUCAAGGGAGUCUGCCAAGAGACCCUUCUGUGGUUGCUCCCUCCUUGCCUCUCAGCUGCACAUUCUGUCUUAGGGACACACCCAUUCUCCCGCCUGGAUAUACUCAUUGUCCCUGCCAACUUUUCAAGUCUGGGAAUGGCCAGCCCACACAUCAUCUUCCUGUCCCAGAGCACCUUGACAGGCGGGAGCCAUCUCUGCGGGACCCGGCUCUGCCAUGAAAUCGCUCACGCCUGGUUUGGCCUAGCCAUCGGAGCCCGUGACUGGACAGAGGAAUGGCUCAGUGAAGGGUUCGCCACUCACUUGGAAGAUGUGUUCUGGGCUGAGGCACAGCAGCUGGCCCCCCAUGAGGCCCAGGAGCGGCACGAGCUGAGGGCCUGCCUGCGCUGGCACCGCCUCUGGGACGAGCUGCGGAACUCCCCCGAGGAGAUGCAGGUGUUAAGUUAUUAAAGAUGUCUUCUUCAGAGGUGAGACCUCAGUGGCUCUCUGCAGGCUCCCCUCACCUCUCCACAGUGCAGCUGUUGUGAUCACCGGCCUGGCCUCCUCCGAGGAUCUCGCGUCUGUUGUCUGCCUCAUCCCCGCCUCUACAGCUCCCCUCUGGACCAGUGCAGCCACGUGGCUCUUGCCAGAGAAGAUCCAAGGGCUCACACAAGGCCUCCACGCCUCUUGUCCACAGCCGGCAGCUUCUUUAAGUACCUUCAGUUAGCGUUUUCUGACAGGUCUCUUGGGAUGGAAGUGCUAUGAUGACCGCGUCAAGAAAUCUCUGUUGGUGGUUAUUGUUUGUGAUUUAUUAUCGCUUCCUCUUUUUCUCUGGGUUCAUUGUUAAAGUCAACCUCACACUGAGAAAAAUGUUAAAAUAUAUCAUGUUAAGGAGGCGCUGACAGGCCGGAGUUUAAUGUAGCUCUUUCUCUUAGCUGCCGUGGCCACAGUUACGACAGUAUAGUGCUAGAGGGACGCCGAUUUCUUUCCCUGCCUUUCCCACAAGUGCCUCACCCUCUGUUCACAAACGUGCUCCAUCAUCAUAGGGAACCCUGCCCAAAUGUGUCGCUCUACCCAUAGCCCAGGGAAACUUUCUCUCUCCCCUGACUGCUUGGUGCUCAGGUGCUACUCUGCCAGUCUUCAUAUAGCUAAAGACAUGUUCUGGGUCCAUCGCUGGAGCCAGGCUGAAAUGCCCUGCGGCGGACUGUAGAACUCACCCAUCAGGAGGAGGAAGAGGCCCUGGGAGGAUGGCCUUCUUUGUCACUGUGGACCAGGCCCUGGCCCUUUUCGUGCCGUUAGGAGGUACUUGUUCGCUUAGGGAUUCCAGUAGCCUAGCAGCCGUGACAAAGCCGAGAACAGCUGUGAGAUGCCUUGAUUUGUCAGGGAGCACUAUGGCGCCCUCUCUCUGAUGGGCAAAGCCGGGUCGGGUCUUGUUGCUCUCCGAGAAGCGCAGGUGGUCCCUUCUAAUUAUCUUCAUGGAAGCCAACUAUAUCCUUAUGUUUUAAUAUAGCACUUGUUCCUGAAUCUAACUAGCUAUAUAUUUAUUGAUUAAUGCAUCUUAUGUUUAAGUUAAAAGCCUACAGGCUUCAACUAAUUUAAAGAACAGCCUGAUGAUUAAAGGGGAAAGUCUUUGUUUCAUCCACUUUGGUCAGGCAGACUUCAAAAGUACCACCCACCUGUAGUCUUCUCUGCUAGGUCCUUGCUCCCCGUCACCUGUCAUCCGCAGCCUCCUCUUUGGUCUCCUUCUGCCUACCUGGUACAUACGCUCACGUCUGCCCCGUCUUUAAUGAUCUCUCCUUGGAACACUGCAUCUUCAUCUAAUCAUCAAAACUCUUGCUGUCCCCAGCCUCACUCGUGCAGCUCACAAACUCCCAGCCCUCUGGAAUUUGCUUGCUGCCCUUUCAGCACUUUUUUCCCCCAGACUCCUUGUGCUCUUUCUAUCUCCAGAUUCUGUAACUACAUUCCAUUCCUAUGUGAUUGCAUCCUCUGCUUUGUUUGCUGCUAUUGACAACUCCUGUAUAUUUCUAUCACCUGGCUUUUGUGGAAGUCCUUCUACUGGCUCUCGUUGUCUCUGUUGGUUUUACCUCACAAUUAUUUCCCCAACUUGACCCUUCUUCUCCAUCUCUGUGGCCACUGUGUUUAGAAUUUCUUUAUCCAUGCUUGCACCAAUCCAACAGCCCCUGAAUUGUUUACCUACCUCAAGUCUUGCCCUUUCUCACUGCCACAGGGAGCUGUCUUUAAAACUUAAUGAUUCUGCCACCUCCUGCCUUACAACACUCCAAAAUCUUCCCCAUGGCGUCAGA